UCGGGAGGGUAAAUAGGAGCAAGGAGUUGAGAAUGGCUGACUCACUGACCAUGCGCUGGCUUAAUUAGUGGGGCUGCCUCGCUCUGCUUCCUUUACUAGCACGCAGAGGAGGCAGCCCUGUAAGUUGCCUUCCUCUUUCUUGCCCAGAAAUGUGGCAACUGCGUCACUAUUGGGUCUUGUAGCUUAUUUCAUCUUUUACUACUGUAUUGUUUACCAUUUUAUCUUUAAGUAAUUUGUAUGUAAAUUAUUUUAAGUCAUCAAGAUUGUAACUUGCUUAGCUAAAUGAAUUGUGAGGACCAGUCCCUGAGCCCAUUAUGUGCCUCUGUAACCCUUUCCACUACCGCCCACAAGAUGGGUAUGGGGUGCAUAAUAAAUGAACUAAACUAAACUAACUAAGUUUUGCCUGAAACGCUUUAGUAAUAAUGGUAUCAUUUGUAUGUGUAACCUCCUGAACCUCCAAUUGUCCCUUCAUCUUCUAAUAUAAUAAUAAUUUAUUGUGUCGGGGGACAGGCAGCCAGUAUAUACAUGUAUAGGCUUAUACCAAGGUCCCAUCACCCCCAGGGUCGAAUUAAGUCGAGAACAAACCUGACUGUACUGUACUACAAAGACCCUAAUUAGGGCCCUGGUUAUGGCAAAAUGUCUGGAGAGGAUCUUCAUAUGAUAGGAAUAUCAGUGGCUAGUGCCCCUGAAGAUGAUGCUGGAACAGAAAAAGAAAUUCAGAAACCAUUGAACAGUGCCAUCAAGAGUACAUCUACUGACCACAUAAACACUCCCAGAGAAAUUUACAGAAAGCUGGAGGACUCUGGAAAAGAUGAUGCAGAGUAUACUACUACCAAAGUUAAUAAUAUUGCUGAAGCAUAUGAAAAAUCUGAUGAAAAUGGAAGUGGAAACUAUUGCCAGAGAUGCUGUUCGGCAACUUUCAAAGUGUAUGUCUCGCAUUUCCUCUCGUCUUGGGGAGAUCGCAUGUGGAUGUUUGCUGGUGGUCUUUUCCUCCUUGAAAUCACUCCAGGAUCCUUGCGCCUUGCUGCAGUGUAUGGGGCAGCUCUUGCACUAACAAUCAUAAUUUUGGGUUCUCCAGUUGGUCGUUGGGUGGACCGCACAUCAAGGCUAACCGCUGCCCAGCUGAGUUUGAGCUUACAGAACAUCAUGGUGUGCUGUUGUGCUGCCCUUCUGGUUAUCAUCACUACACAGCAACACAUAUUUACUGCUUGGGAUGGCUGGUCACUCAUUGUUGCUGAGGGCUUUGUGAUACUAACGGCAUGUUUAGCAUGCAUUGGGUCGUUAGGAUCAAAACUUUCCAUUGAGAAAGACUGGAUUAUUGUCAUCUGUGGCAAAGAUAAGAAUGAGCUGGCAAAGGUAAACAGUGUAUUGAGGACAGUCGACCUUAGUACUGAAGUCCUAGCACCUAUAAUUGUAGGUGUGAUCAUGACUGCCUUUGGGAUGGCCGUUGGUGGUAUAGCAAUUGCCAGUUGGAAUGUGGGUUCCCUCUUCGUGGAGUAUGGCUUGCUGCACCAUCUCUUUUAUUCUAAUGCUGACCUUCAAAAGCCAAAGCUAAAAGAGAGCAUAUCAAAUGCAGAAGAAAAUACUGAAGAAUCACAGGGUAUCGAUGAAACGAGCAAAUUCAAGAAAAUACGUACAGUAUUGAGGCGUCUUAUGUCAGCAUGGGGAGCCUGGCUCGUCUACAUGCAGCACCCAGUGAGAGAUGCUGGACUUGCUCUUGCUCUUCUGUAUAUGACAGUUUUAGCUUUUGAUAAUUAUUCUAGAGCAUUCGUGUAUGACUCUGGUGUUCCUGAGAACAUCCUUGGUGUUUUGACAGCUGUUGCCUCAUUGUUUGGCAUUUUUGGCUCUUUAGCAUCUCCUAUUUUAAGAUCUAAGAUAGGUGUUACUAACACAGGAUUAGUUGGGUUUGGAUCUGAAACUUUGUGUUUGACCCUGUGUGUGGCUUCCGUCUUCGCCCCCGGAAGUCCUUUUGACGUCUCGGCUCUCUUGCGCAUUGGUCAGAGCUCAACAGACUUAACAAAUUCCACCUUAACCACUCCUCCAUAUUUCACACUAAAUUUAACUACUCCACCAAGUGAUAUUAUUGAGACUGAAAUUGUAAGCUUAAAUGCAACCAAAUGGAUAAGAGAUGAGUCAAGCACUGGAGCUACAGAAGAGACUGAAUACAUGUUUGUGAUUCUUCUUCUGACUGGCAUCAUAACUUCAAGAUUCGGAUUGUGGGUGGCAGAUCUGACGGUGACGCAGAUCCUACAGGAGGAAGUCGAGGAAGGUCACAGGGGGGCCAUUAACGGUGUGCAAUCCUCUUUGAAUCAGGCACUCAACCUUCUGCGCUCCAUCCUUAUCAUUAUCCUUCCCAGAAGAGAAACUUUUGGCUUUCUCGUUAUCCUGUCGUUUCUGUUUGUUUCAACUGCGUGGAUAUUGUUUGCAGCAUAUGCUCGCAGACAUUCAACAUCGACUCCAAUGGACGCUGUAAUUACCCCUGAAGCAGAAGAGCUCACACCUGCUACAGUAUAGAUACCUCAUAGGUUUGUAUUUUGAUAUUGUGAUAUUACUGAAGUUUCCAAGUCAAUAUUUUAAAGCAUUAAAAUACUUUGUGAAGGGUGAGUGAAUGCAGUUUACUUGGAGAAAGUAACCAUUGAAAAUAAUGUAUAUGUUAACUCGUGCAGAAUACUGUACAUUACACUUGAUCUGUGAUGGGACUGGGAUAUUUCUGUGGAUGGUUUACUGGUGGAUGUGUACUCACCUAUUAUGUCUAGUAAUAGGCUGGGUGUGUUUGUGUGUGUGUAUUAUCUCUGAUAUUUUUGUAAUGCUGAACAAACUACACUUUUUCAGAUGAUGGCGUAUGCUCAUUCCUUAUCAAUUAUUUUAACCUGGAAAGAGGAAAUGCAUCCUUUUUUCUAAUAUCAUUUUUAAAGCCAAUAUCUCAGUGCAAUAUAUUAUAAUUCAAGUGUCUUCUUUGAGGAACAUAAUGUUCUGAGUUUGACAUUUGCUCUUAUUUAGAGUUGGCUUGAAACUGAUAGCUGUAAAGUUUUUAACCACUGAACCUUCACGAGAUAAAGCAUCAUCUCGUAUAUUGUACCUGUACAUGUAAUUUUCAUUAUCUGCCGAUGUAGACCUGACCAAAUGUAAUGUAAACUGUGUCGACAAAAUUAUUCGCACACCCUCCAUCACUAUGUGAUGGACUAGCUCAUCAAGAUUGUAACUUGCUUAGCUAAAUGAA